AUGCCUCCUCCGCACCUUAAUCUCCCAUUCAGACCCAAGAAGUCUGAAUUCGGUCCGGCUUUAGCAACGAACGACCCACCAGAUGAUAGUAUAUCAUCAGCGCCACGACCCAAUUCAAAUUCCCUCCACCAUCAUGACUACGACCACGCCCGGCGCGAUCAUGGUCUGCGAAAUCAGUCCACCAUCCAACAGAUAUUAGCGAGCAUCGAAGCCUCUCAAGCAACACCAUCCACAAGGAUCGAAAAUGCCUUUGCCCCGAAGGAUUUUGCAUUGAUGGAUGUUGAGGAAGACGCGAUGUUCUUUCGUCUUGGGAAGACCUCUGGGCUUACUUCAAGGGUCAUUGUCUCCGGUGACAUCGGUGGUGUACCUGUAUUUGUCAAGAAGAGCCAAUGCAUCACGGACAAGCCACUUGAAGAAAAUGAGAAUCGCGAUUUGGAGACCUCCAUGAUUGAAGCAAAGAAAUCGCCAUCAACUGACAAUCUUGCCGACUUUUCUGAUCAUCUGCGAGAUGCACAAUCCUUUCCGGCAAAGCAGGACAAGAGCAAAGAGCAUGGACAUAAACCAAACCAAUUCAUGGGUAGCCAACUCAAAUGGCUCCGCUGGGCCUUCUCACAAGUCCACCCCGAAUCUGUCGCUAUUGUUGUGCAGCUAGAGGUUCAAAUCACUGCAACAAAUUCGCCAAAAGGCCCCGGACUGACUUUUCUGGCGACUUUGGAGAGAAGUGUCCACAUCAGUGAUCUUUGGAGGACCAUCAAGAAAGAGAAUUAUUUCUUUCUUCGAAACGCACGUCUACAAGAUAGCACUCCCAAACGCUGGAGUUUUCAGCUACGUCGGACAUUCUAUGAGACACCGCAUGCUCCUUUGGUCUGGAGCGCCGCCACCAGAGGCAUUGACGACUACACCCAGGUUGACCGGGCAUGGCAAGACUUUCUGGAAAAAUGCGUAGAACAAGGCAGGGAGAGUGCUCAGAGACUUCUAGACGAAGCUAGGUUCAAAUGUGACAGAGCAGUGAUCAAGCUAUCUCAUGCUCCUUACACUGUCGAGGGUCACCCGAGGGAAGUUCCAGACUUGAGUCACGACACAAAGGCUCGGGUCUAUGGCAAGAUGCAUAUUGGCUUCUAAGAAGAGAACAAGAGGUCCGACACGGAUCCAGAAGUGAGCAACGAGUAAAAUGGGUCUCUUCUUGAUUUACGGGUCUAUGCCUAGUAAUCAGUAGGUGUGGUCUAUGCCAAUCAUUUCACAAAAUUCGUAGCCUCGUCAGCUUUAGCCAUGCAUGAUUCGAGGGUUGAC